AUGUCCAAUCGUGACCGUUUCUUCCCAACUCAUGAAGAGCCCGAAGAUGACGACGAUGUCGAUGCUGGAAGCGAAGCCAUGGAGGAUGAUAGAAUUAGUGAUGGUGUUGAAGAUGCUGUGGAGGAUGAAGAAGAAGGAGAGGGCGAGGAUUUGAUGGACAACAUGGAGGAGGAUUAUCGUCCUAUGCCUGAAUUGGAUCGAUAUGAUCCCAGAAUGCUGGAUGAGCAGGAGUAUGGUGAUGAUGCUGGUGCUAGGAGGCGGGCUGAGAGGGAAUUACGAGAGAGGGAUAGGGGACAGAGACGCAGGAUGCCUGGUGCGGUGUUUGGUGAAGACAGCUCUGACAGUGAGGAUGAUGAUGACCGUAUGGGGGCCUAUGAGAGGAAGAGGCGUCGAUUGGAGAGGUUAAGGAGGGCUGCACAGGCAGAGGACGAUGAUGCUGCUAUGGAUGAGGAGUUUGAUGCUGAUCUUAUCGAUCUUAAUAAUGAGGAAGUUGGACCGGAUACUGAUCUCUCUCCGGAUUCCCGUUUGAGCAAGAAGAUCAUUGCCAAUUUUAGCAAGUUCUUACAGACCUUCAUAGACCCAACGGAGGAUGCGAACGAACCCUACUAUUCUGAGAAGGCGAGACUGUGGAUUUUCGCAGGCUGA